AAUAUAUAUAUAUACUGCAGACGGACAGCUGUAUGGCUGACCAUGGCAUUUUUUUCCUCAUUAACACCUGUAUUUGCAGCCAUUAUAUGUGUUUUAUUUGUGAUGAUAUUGAAAAGCAUGAGAAAAACAAGUAAAAAAGUAGAAGAUAAGAAAAGGAAAACUGAAUCUCGCCCAUGGGUGGAUGAAGAUCUUCAAGACAACACUGAUAUUCAGCUAGAAGAAGAAGAAGAAAAAGAUGAGUGGCAAGACACCGAGGAAGAGAGCGUUCAUCAUGUCCCUUUUUCUCCACCUCGGUACUCACAACAGGAAAUGGUGAAAAGGUCUAAGGAUUUUUAUGAGCUUCUUAAGCAAAGAAGAUCUGUCAGGUUUAUCAGUGAUGAACCAGUACCAAGAGAGGUUAUCGACAACAUUAUCAAAACCGCAGGUACCUCACCUAGUGGAGCACAUACAGAACCAUGGACAUUUGUGGUUGUGCAAGAUCCGGAGGCAAAACAUAAGAUUCGGGAGAUUAUUGAAGAAGAGGAAGAAAUAAAUUAUCAUAAAAGAAUGGGAGACAAGUGGGUUCAUGAUCUUAAGAAAUUAAGAACCAACUGGAUAAAAGAAUAUCUAGAUAAAGCUCCUUUCUUGAUCCUCAUUUUUAAACAAGUGUAUGGAUUGCUUUCAAGCAGCAAAAAGAAGACUCAUUAUUACAAUGAGAUCAGUGUGUCUAUUGCAUGUGGGAUUCUUCUGGCAGCCAUACAGAAUGUUGGUUUGGUGACUGUAACCACUACUCCGCUAAACUGUGGCCCUCGACUCAGAGUACUACUUGGACGCCCUGUCAACGAAAAAUUGCUUAUGCUGCUUCCAGUUGGUUACCCCACUAAAGACGCAACUGUGCCUGAUCUGCAUAGAAAGCCACUGGAAGAUAUCAUGGUGGUUGUUUAAAAUUCUACUUCCUAUAAAAUAUGCUGCAAUGCGCAAUGCUGUAAUAGGAUUUCUUAAACGUUUAUGGAAAUCAUAUUAUACAAGUUGAAUUUCUUGAAUUGUUUUAGCUUUCCUUUUCAUUCUUUUACAUUCAUACAUUUUAUUCAAUGUUUUUCUAUCAUUUAUAUUGAAAAAAGCAGUUUAAAAAUAUUGUUUCCAUAAAAGUUUAAAAGGUCAUGAAACCCAAAGUGUUUCUUUCCUGAUUCAAAUAGAGCAUAUAAUUUUAAACAACUUUCCAAUUUACUUAUAUUAUUAAAUAUGCUUCAUUCUCUUGGUAUUCUUUAUUGUAGAAGAAGCAAUGCACUUCUGGGAGCUAGCUGAACACAUCAGGUGAGCCAAUAACAAAAGGGACUUAUGUGCAGCAACCAAUCAGAAAAUAGCUCACGGAAGUGCAGCUCUGCUCCUGAUAAUAUCUAGGUAUGCUCUUCAACAAAGUACACCAUGUGAACAAAGCAAAUUAAAUAAUAAAAGUAUAAUUGAAAGUUGCAUAAAAUUAAAUGAUCUAUCUGAAUCAUGCAAGUCUGAUUUUGACUGUACUGCCCCUUUAAAUAAAAAACCUGUUUAAAUUUGUAUGUGAAAUUAAGAUGAAAUGCAUAAUUGUGUACAACUGGGUCCUGGCACUCUACUGCUCAUUGUCUGAUAGGGACAGCUAAUAGAAAAUGAAGGCUUUGUUCAGCAAACAGGUCAGCGCUUUGGGCAGGGCAAGAGGGGCACCAUCCCUGGGCCCUGCAGUUUGGGGGCCCCACACUGUCAUCAGGAUUGAGGGUAUGAGCAGGUGCAUUGUGUAUUUAGUUUAUGAAGAAAUGUUUAUCAGGAGGUAUCAUAUAUAUCUACUGCUAUUAUUUAUAGAGGACACACUAAAUGUUAGGACAGGGUAGGCCAUACAGGGGGCAGCACAUACGGGAGGACUGGGCCGAGGGUUCCCACAAAUAUGCCUUGCCCAGGGUACCUUAAAUUCUUAUUUUAUGUCUGUAAGCACAAGAACAUGCAUUUAAAAAAACCAAAAAAAACCCACUGAAUUACAUUUUCAAACAUUCUCUUGUAGAUGGAACAGAGAAACUGAGUAUCAUAUCCCUUUAAACCAGGGGCUAGUAAACCUUUUCUGUAAAGGACCAGUUUGUAAAUAUUUAAACUUUGGGAGCCAGUGGGUAAAAUAGAGGAUAGUAUGUAGGUACUUCUAUAAGAAGAGAGAGAACAAACAUCCACAACUUAAUAUUGACGGAAUUUAAAAUAUAUUACAGACAAAUUAGCCACUCGAAAACUUACUUUGGGUGCACUUUUUUUGUGUGGAUUAACUCUACUGUGAUACAUAAAUGAAUAAUUGUGAAUGUGUUCCAAUAAAAAAUGUUAUUUUCAUAUCA